GUCAGUGUGAGCAGCAAAAUGGCUGAAGGUGGAGGUUUACUGGAUCAGGACCAGUUCAGCUGUGCGAUCUGUCUGGAUCUUCUGAAGGAUCCGGUGACUAUUCCCUGUGGACACAGUUUCUGUUUGGGCUGUAUUAAGGGUUACUGGGAUCAGGAUGAUCAUACUGGUGUUUACAGCUGUCCCCAGUGCAGAGAGACCUUCACCCCAAGGCCUGUUUUAAGAAAAAACAUCAUGUUUGCUGAAGUAGUGGAGAAACUGAAGAAGACAGGACUUCAAGCUGCUCCUCCUGCUCACUUUUACGCUGGACCUGGAGACGUGGUGUGUGAUCUUUGCACUGGGAGAAAGCACAAAGCCGUCAAGUCCUGUCUGGUGUGUCUGGUCUCUUACUGUGAAACUCACCUCCAACCUCACUAUGAAUUUCCUGCGUUAAAGAAGCACAAACUGUUCAAAGCCACUGGAAACCUGCAGGAGAAGAUCUGCUCUCAUCAUGACAAACUGCUGGAGGUUUACUGUCGUACUGAUCAGCAGUGUAUCUGUUAUCAGUGUGUGAUGGAUGAACACAGCGGCCAUGAUACGGUCUCAGCUGCAGCAGGAAGGACUGAGAAACAGAAGCAGCUGGGGAAGACACAGAGUAACUUCCAGCAGAGAAUCCAGGAGAGAAAGAAGAAGGUGCAGGAUGUGAGACAGGCUGUGCAGUCACUCAAGUGCUCUGCACAGGCAGCAGUGGAGGACAGCGAGAGGAUCUUUACUGAGCUGAUAUGCUCUAUUGAGAGAAGACGCUCUGAGGUGAAAGAGCUGAUCAGAGAUCAGGAGAAGGCUGAAGUGAGUCGGGCUGAAAGAAUCCUGGAGCGAAUGGAGCAGGAGAUUGCUGAGCUGAAGAGGAGAGAUGCUGAGCUGGAGCAGCUUUCACACACAGAGGAUUACAUCCAUUUCCUCCAGAGCUGUCAGCCUCUCUGUGCCCUUCCUGGACCUGGAGACUUGCCCAGCAUCACUGUCAGUCCACACUCUUUUGAGGCUGUGAGGAAAUCUGUCUCUGAACUGAAAGAGCAGCUGGAAGAGUUGAUGAAUGUUUCUGGAAAAGUGAAAGUCAAUAUUCUAGAGCCCAAGACCAGAGAGGACUUCUUACAAUAUGCCUGUCAGCUCACACUGGACCCCAACACAGCAAAUCAAUGCAUCCGUCUGUCUGAGGGGAACAGAGAGGUGACCCGUGUGGGAGAGAUCCAGUCUUAUCCUGAUCAUCCAGAGAGAUUUGAGUCCUGGCUCCAAGUGCUGUGCAGAGAGGGUCUGUCUCGCCGCUGUUACUGGGAGGCUGAGUGGAGUGGGGAUUGGGUUUCUAUAGCAGUGUCAUAUAAAGAGAUAAGCAGGAAAGGGCUGGGUAUUGACUGUGUUCUUGGAUGGAAUAACAAGUCCUGGAGUCUGCGCCGUAAUGCUUUCAGUUACUCUUUCCAGCACAAUGCUGUGAGCACUGAAAUCCCUGUUCCCCCCUCCUCCAGAACGCCCUGUUCCUCGUCCCGGGCUCCGCCCAGCAGGGUGGCCUCCAUCUCCGCCCACGGGACGUCCCACUGGAUCUCCGUGGAGUCCGGUUUGGUCUGGGGCCCCUCCCCUUUGGGGCCCUCUCUAUGGGAGCUGCCCAUGGGACAGCCGCUGCAGCAGGAGACUGAGGAAAACAUUUACACCAAACUCUGCACAGGCAAGGCCCGCAGCACAGCUGAGGAUCCCUCCCACCCCUCCCAUGCUCACUUUACCCCCCUGCCGUCUGGCAAGAGGUACCGCAGCAUACGGGCCAGAUCUGCCACACUCUGCAACAGCUUCUUCCCCCAAGCUUCACUCCCACUCUCUCUGUCAUGCAGUUUCAGAGAAACGAAACUUAACUCUGUCUCUGUCAGUGUGAGCAGUAAAAUGGCUGAAGGUGGAGGUUUACUGGAUCAGGACCAGUUCAGCUGUCCGAUCUGCCUGGAUGUACUGAAGGAUCCAGUGACUAUUCCCUGUGGACACAGUUUCUGUAUAGGCUGUAUUAAGGGCUGCUGGGAUCAGGAUGAUCAUACUGGUGUCUACAGCUGUCCCCAGUGCAGAGAGACCUUCACCCCAAGGCCUGAUUUAAGAAAAAACAUCAUGUUUGCUGAAGUGGUGGAGAAACUGAAGAAGACAGGACUCCAAGCUGCUCCUCCUGCUCACUGUUACGCUGGACCUGGAGACGUGGCGUGUGAUUUCUGCACUGGGAGAAAGCGCAAAGCCGUCAAGUCCUGUCUGGUGUGUCUGGUCUCUUACUGUGAAACUCACCUCCAGCCUCACUAUGAAUUUCCUGCGUUAAAGAAGCACAAACUAGUCAAAGCCACUGGAAACCUGCAGGAGAAGAUCUGCUCUCAUCAUGACAAACUGCUGGAGGUUUACUGUCGUACUGAUCAGCAGUGUAUCUGUCUGCUGUGUGUGAUGGAUGAACACAGAGGCCAUGAUACAGUCUCAGCUGCAGCAGAAAGGACUGAGAGACAGAAGCAGCUGGGGGCGACACAGAGAGAAUUCCAGCAGAGAAUCCAGGAGAGAGAGAAAGAGCUGCAGGAUCUGAGACAGGCUGUGCAGUCACUCAAGCACUCUGCACAGGCAGCAGAGGAGGACAGCGAGAGGAUCUUUACUGAGCUGAUCAGCUCCAUUGAGAGAAGGCGCUCUGAGGUGAAAGAGCUGAUCAGAGACCAGGAGAAGGCUGAAGUGAGUCGGGCUGAAGGACUCCUGGAGCGACUGGAGAAGGAGAUUGCUGAGCUGAGGAGGAGAGAUGCUGAGCUGGAGCAGUUUUCACGCACAGAGGAUCACAUCCAGUUCCUCCAGAGCUGUCAGUCUCUCUGUGCCCCUCCUGGACCUGAAGACUUGCCCAGCAUCACUGUCAGUCCACACUCUUUUGAGGCUGUGAGGAAAUCUGUCUCUGACCUGAAAGAGCAGCUGGAAGAGUUGAUGAACGUUUCUGGAAAAGUGAAAGAAUCCAAUAUUCUAGAGUUCAAGACCAGAGAGGACUUCUUACAGUAUGCCUGUCAGCUCACACUGGACCCCAACACAGCACAUCAAUGCCUCUGUCUGUCUGAGGGGAACAGAGAGGUGACCUGUGUAGACGAGAUCCAGUCAUAUCCUGAUCAUCCAGAGAGAUUUGAGUACAAAGCCCAAGUGCUGUGCAGAGAGGGUCUGUCUGGACGCUGUUACUGGGAGGCUGAGAGGAGUGGGGUUGAGGUUUAUAUAGCAAUGUCAUAUAAAGAGAUCAGCAGGAAAGGAGAGGGUGAUGACUGUGAGCUGGGAAGGAAUAACAAGUCCUGGAGUCUGGGCCGUAAUGCUCUUUACUCUUUCUGGCACAAUAAUGAGGAAAAUGAAAUCUCUGUCCCCCCCCCCUCCAGAAUAGGAGUGUACCUGGAUCACGGGGCAGGAACUCUGUCCUUCUACAGCGUCUCUGACACAAUGACCCUCCUGCACAGAGUCCAGACCACAUUCACUCAGCCCCUCUAUCCUGCGUUUGAGGUUUGGAGAGUUGGAUCCUCUGUAAAACUGUGUGAUCUGGGAUGAGGCAGCGAGUGAAUGCGAAGAUCAGCUGUAAUUAAAGAGAGGGAAAAACACUCAAAUGCGACAGAAAAUGAGUUCAAUUAAAUGAAAUAUUGAACUUUAAAAGAUUAACUGGUUGAAAUAAAAAUAGAAUCCAGACCACAUUCACUCAGCCCAUCUGUUCUGGGGUUUGCUUGCACUGUAAUCACGUUUUACGGUGACUAUCUUAUUGUAGUUUGCUGUCACGGCCAAGAUUCAGUUCAAGGUGUUUUAUAAUUCUGUCUGCUGCUUCUUUUUGUAUUGAUUAUGUAAUGAUGCUGGGAAAUUGGGAAUUGAUUAAUACAAAUAAUAAAAUUAAUAAAAAUAA